UCCCAGCAGAGACAUUCGGGAAAGACGUCAAUCAAAAACCUCAUUUCCACCGUCCAAAAAACAAGAACACAAAAUCUUCUUUGAAACUAAAAUUUCCGACGGCCCAUCUUAAUCGGAGGAGCUAAAAAUAAUUUCUCAAAUAUCUGACCCGUCGUACGCCUUUGUAGCCAGGGAUAACGAAGAAAACCAGUAGUUUCUCUGGACAGUAAGAAUAGUAAUAUUGUUUUCAGGGUUUGUUUUGUUUAGUGAUUUCCCAGAUACACGUUGAGGAAUUUUCGUGGGGGGACAGAAAGCUCGAGUUCUUAUGAAAUGCACUCAUCGAGUGAAGGAGAGAAAGAUCGAAGCUUGAUUGAAAGUUCCUUGUGGCUUAUCCUGAGUAGAAGUUUGGGAAAUUCAGCAGAAGAAGCAUAAGCAGAAUCACAUCUUCUCUCGUCUCUUCUUCAAAGUGAAGGCCAGCGUCGGCUUCCGCCAUGGAAGUGGGUAUGCAAGUGCAGGGCCCAUUCACCUCAUGCAGAGCUCUGUUUCGCGAUAAAACCCGUUUCAAGAUCAAACCUUUUUCUUCUGGGUCUUUGCCUCAUGGAACAGCCACUGAUUUCGUUAGUCUUGCAGCUUGGUGCAAUGAGUAUCCAUCAUCAACAUCUGGGAUCUCCUUGGAAAUUACUUCCAGUGCAGACUUUUCUAAAAAAAGACCCAGGAAGUUGUCUAAUGGGAGACCGAAAACCCCUGCACCGAAGGGAUUCGUGCCAAAGACACCUGCAGCCACACACAUUCCGAAAAAACAAGCACCAAACAAGGAAGUUGAGACAGUGCAGGAUGAAUCCAAAGCCAGCAGAGAGUUGACUGUUGAUGAGACAAGUCCAGUAGUGGAAAAUGGAAGUGUUGGUAGCAUCCAGAGCAACGAGACAACUGUAGAAGAGGAGAAUGGUAACAUGAGUGUCUCGGCAAAGGAAGAGGCUUUCCUUGCAUUGAAAUUGGAAAGCGAAGAGAACUUAAGAAGGCAAGAAGUUGAUAAGCUUGCCGAGAAGAGCUUAUCGGAGCGGGUCAAAAUGUUUGUUUAUCCACAGGUGGUCAAACCUGAUCAAGAAGUGGAGGUAUUCCUAAACAGGAGAUUAUCAACUCUGGUUAAUCAGCCUGAUGUUUUAGUCAUGGGAGCUUUUAAUGACUGGAAAUGGAAGUCUUUUACUGCAAGGUUGAGUAAAACCGAUCUGGGAAAGGAUUGGUGGUCUUGUCGCAUUCGUGUUCCUAAACAAGCGUAUAAGAUAGACUUUGUAUUCUUUAAUGGAAACGAUGUGUAUGAAAAUAACAACCAAAAGGAUUUCUGUGUGCCAGUGGAAGGUGGGAUGAAUGAGUUUGAAUUUGAGGAUUUUUUGCUUGAGGAAAAACGGAGGGAGCUAGAGAGACUUGCUGAGGAGAAAGCCGAGAGGGAUAGACAGGCGGAAGAAGAGCGGCGAAUAGAAGCAGAGAAGGCUGCAAAGGAAGCUGAUAGAGCUCAGGCAAAGGCAGAAGUUGAAAAGAGGCGUGCUGCAUUGCGAAAAACCAUGGAAAAGGUUGCAAAAGCAGUUGAGAACGUCUGGUUCAUGGAGUCCAGAGAGUUUCAAGGAGAGGGUCUUGUAAGAUUGUACUAUAACAAAAGAUCGGGUCCACUUGCUAAUUCCAAGGACCUAUGGAUACACGGUGGCCAUAACAACUGGAGUGAUGGAUUAGCCAUUGCUCAAAAGCUUGUGCAGUUUAAGGGAAAGGAUGGUGACUGGUGGUAUGCUAAUGUUGUUGUUCCUGAAGGAGCCCUUGUCUUAGACUGGGUCUUUGCUGAUGGUCCACCACAAAGUGCUGCUGUGUAUGAUAAUAACCGUUCCCAAGAUUUCCAUGCUAUUCUCCCGAACAGUAUUCCUGAAGACUUGUAUUGGGUAGAGGAAGAGGACAAGAUAUACGAGAAGUUACAGGAAGAUAGGAGGUUAAGAGAGGAAGCUCUACGUGUCAAGGCUGAGAAAACACGACGCAUGAAAGCUGAAAUGAAGGAAAGAACUCUGAAGAAGUUUCUCCUUUCUCAGAAGCACGUAUUUUAUACUGAACCAGUUGAUGUUCAGGCUGGAAGUACCGUCACGAUUUUUUACAAUCCUGCAAACACUGUACUAAAUGGUAAAUCCGAAGUUUGGUUCAGAGGUUCGUUUAAUCGCUGGACUCACCGCAAGGGGCCAUUGCCACCUCAGAAAAUGUCGCCUGCUGAAGAUGGUUUUCAUGUCAAAACCACUGUGAAGGUUCCACUGGAUGCAUACAUGAUGGAUUUUGUGUUCUCAGAGAAGGAAGAUGGUGGAAUAUUUGACAACAGAGAUGGCAUGGAUUACCAUAUCCCUGUAAUUGGAGGAAUUGCAAAGGAGUCGCCUUUGAAUAUUGUGCAUAUUGCCGUUGAAAUGGCUCCUAUUGCAAAGGUUGGAGGGCUUGGUGAUGUACUGACUAGUCUGUCUCGUGCUGUUCAAGAGUUAAACCACAAUGUGAACAUCAUUCUCCCAAAGUAUGACUGCUUGAAAUUUAAUCAUGUUGAAGACCUUCAGUACAACCGAAGCUAUUCAUGGGGAGGCACUGAAAUAAAAGUCUGGCUCGGGAAAGUGGAAGGUCUGUCUGUCUACUUUUUGGAGCCUCAGAAUGGUAUGUUUUGGGCAGGUUGUAUAUAUGGCUGCCGGAAUGAUGGAGAGAGAUUUGGUUUCUUUUGCCAUGCAGCUCUUGAGUUCUUGCAUCAAACUGGAUAUCAUCCUGAUAUUAUCCACUGUCAUGAUUGGUCUAGUGCUCCAGUCGCAUGGUUGUUCAAGGACCAUUAUGUGAACUAUGGUCUCAGCAAAGCUCGCAUUGUAUUCACUAUUCACAACCUUGAAUUUGGGGCGCAAAACAUUAGCAAAGCAAUGGCCUUCUCUGACAAGGCUACAACUGUAUCCCCUACUUAUGCAAAGGAGGUUGCAGGGAACGGUGCAAUUGCUCCUCAUCUAUACAAGUUCCACGGUAUACUGAAUGGAAUAGACCCAGAUAUAUGGGACCCUUACAAUGAUCAGUUCCUUCCUGUACAUUACACUUCUGAGAAUGUCGUUGAAGGCAAAAGAGCAGCGAAGGAAGCUCUGCAAGAGAGGCUUGGUCUGAAAAAGGCUGAUCUCCCUCUAGUCGGUAUCAUUACCCGUUUAACACAGCAGAAAGGUAUCCAUCUCAUCAAACAUGCCAUUUGGCGCACCUUAGACCGAAAUGGACAGGUUGUGUUACUUGGCUCAGCUCCAGAUCCACGGAUACAGAACGAUUUUGUAAAUCUCGCCAAUCAACUGCAUUCAACCCAUGGUGACCGUGCUCGCCUUUGUUUGACCUAUGAUGAACCGCUCUCACACUUGAUCUAUGCUGGAUCGGAUUUCAUCUUAGUUCCAUCUAUAUUCGAGCCAUGUGGGCUUACACAGCUGACAGCCAUGAGAUACGGUUCAAUACCUGUUGUCCGAAAGACCGGAGGCCUCUACGACACGGUGUUCGACGUUGACCAUGAUAAAGAAAGAGCACAAGCACAAGGGGUCGAACCGAAUGGUUUCAGCUUCGAAGGAGCUGAUGCAUCUGGGGUUGACUAUGCUCUAAACAGAGCGAUUUCUGCUUGGUACGAUGGUCGCGACUGGUUUAACUCGCUAUGUAAAACCGUGAUGGAGCAAGACUGGUCGUGGAACAAGCCAGCUCUCGACUACAUGGAGCUUUACCACUCUGCCCGGAAGUGAAAAAAAAAACCGGUCAAGUAAACCUAGUUCUGUACAGAGUUAGUCUAUCUAUCGAUAUGUUAUUCAACCAUCUGCAAUUCUGCACAUGAAAUUAUCCCUCCAGGGCCCCGAGUAAUGCUUUAGUUGAAAGCUACAGGGAGGAAGGGAAAAGAUGGCAACUUGUUGCCUUGCCGCACAAGUUGCUCGACUGAUCUUUUUCUUGUGAAGUUGAUAGUUUCCUGACUCUUGCCAACUAUGUGAGGUUGAUAAGUGAUUAGUGGGGAAGGAUUAAAAAAAGGAAUCAGCCAAUCCCAGCGGUGAACAUGAGUUGUUGCUGCUGGUUAUCAUGAUAUGAUCCAAGUGGAUUCACUUUUUUUUGCUUUGAGUUUUCUGCUUUUAGUUCUUUUGGACGGUAGAGGUGGAUUUGUGGAUUUUGAUUUGAUGUUAUGGGUUGGGAAUGGAAUGGUCGUAAGCUCGUCUUCCUACUCAGAUUCCAUGACCACCUUGAGCUUGACUUGACCAUGAUCGUUACGUGGGAAAGUUGUUUCCAAUGGGGGCAAUGUCAAUCUCUUGGUCAUGAUAAUGGCAUAGAAAAAGAUCGCCAAAAUGAGCAAAGAAUAUCCGCGUAUCGCGGUGACCUAAUCAUGAAACUUCAAUGGUCAAAUUAACCUUAUUCUCAUCAAGUUUUGUUUGAAGAACAUGUUGCCUG